AUGCUCAGCGUGGGGUCGCAUCAUUUGUGUGAAGGGCAGGUAUACAAUGCCGAGACACAAAACGCCCCAUUAAUGCCUGACGACAGCGCCACACCCCUCUUCCAGGCAGGGAAGACGGAGUUUGUUCGUCGCGUCUCAGACCUCUGCGUGGGAGCUGCCGCCAUGGGAAAGGAAAGAAAACUGCCACCACCACCACCAGCAGCAGUAGCGUCAACGUCUGCUGAGAGCCAACUGAAAUCCGAAAGGAGAAGCACCACGGAUCCGUGCGCUGGCAUCCAGCAACCAAAGCAGCAGCAACAGCAGCAGGCGUUGAUACCUCAAACAGACGUCCGCCUCACCCGCCAGUUGUUGGGCCGCGGCCGUCAGGGGUCCGUCUGGCUCGGCGAGGACGUUAAACGUUGCGAUGCCUUCUACGCCGUGAAGGCGGUAGAGGUGCCUCUCGAGGCGCCACUUCCCGUGCACAAGCUCAUCGCGGAGCUGCGGCGUUCGUCCGACUACAAGCCCAAGGUAUCCCCCACUGCAUCUCCUGAUGGAGUCGCAUUGUGUGCGGCGCUCGAUGAGGAGACAUGUCUUUGGCGACAAUUACGCCACCCCAGCAUCGUGCAGCUGCACAGCACGGACAUUGUUGCUGACACAAAGGACAUCGUCUACCGUUUCUUCGCAGAGUACAUGCCAUGCGGCUCACUCUCGUCGUUUGUGCGCCAGCACUACAAAGGGGGUAUCUUGCGUGAGCGGGCAUUGCGCUGGUUUCUGAAGCCUGUGGUUGAGGCCCUGCGGUAUAUGCACGCCAAGCAUGUUGUGCAUCUUGACCUGAAGGCGGAAAACAUUUUGGUGACGUGGACUGACGAGCAAGGACGCUGUGGGUUGCACGCAUGUGGCUCACACAGGCUCCCGAUAGCGAAGGUGGGUGACUUUGGCUGUGCACGAGACGUGGGCAAGAAGAAGAACAGCAGCAGCAGCAGCAGCGCUAGCAGGAGAAACGGCAACCAGGAUCUGCCAAUGCUUCAUACUGGAGAACUGCCAUCCGGAACUCCUGGAUUUAUUGCACCAGAGGUUAUAAUGCACUUCCAGAGUGCAUCUGACGCGUAUAGCACCGCGGCAGAUGUCUGGUCCUUUGGCUGCAUGGUUCUACAACUCCUGCGCGGUGCACCGCCUGUGCGUACUGACUUAAACAUCGCGGCCAUUCUCUUAGAGACCAUGGAGCACCCCAAGUUAGUCCAACGGUUUAUACCACCUGUUGACACUGUGGCACCCACAAGUGGUUCGUCUUGCUCCAGGGGCAUUACCAUCUCUACAACUCUGCAGGACAUGCUGUUGCAGUGCCUGAACCCAGAUCCUCGCAAGCGCCCCACAGCGGAGCAGCUGCUGCAGCACCCAUUCUUUCUGCAGGAGUGCCACCCAGAGGACGCUGCAGUAGGGCUAUGUAACCCACACGCCUUCUACGCCUGUGACAGCAACAGCAGCAGCAGCAGCUUCAGGCUGAGGAACAGCAGCAUGAGCGGCGUGAUGAUUGGAAGCACGGUUAGUACACUAUUCGACGGCCUGUCAAACAGCGAUGAAGGUGAGAAUGCACAAUUCACUACGGAUGAUGAUGAUGAUGAUAAUAAUAGCGACAAUGAGAGGACUACAAUUGGCUAA